AUGGACCUCAAGGGCAAAGGGUCCCUCCUCCUGCUGGUCAUGUCAAAUCUGGUCCUGUUCCUGAAUGUGGCCUCUCAUCGGAUCUGUCAUGAUGAUUUGAGAUGCCAAGUAAACCUUCAUGAGCUAUAUAAUUCUGCAACCUUUACAUCUCUGGUCAUGCAGUUCCAUGCCAAAGACUUCUUCAGGGAAUUUGGGAAAGAAUAUGUCAAGGAUUCUAGCUACUUUUUCCCAGCGAUGAAAAGUUGCCACACAGCUGAUAUCCUUGCUCCAGCUGACAAGAGGGAGGCCAGGCUGAUGCAGCAAGAACAACUUUUUAACCUCGUGAUUCGCUACCUGCGCUCCUGGAGAGAUGCCCUGCUGCAGCUGGGCCUGGAAGCACAUCGGCUGCCGAAAUUCCAAUUUGACUUAGAAAUCCCAGACAAUGUGGAGUACUCUUUGUGGUUGGAGAAGGAAUCACUGGAGUCACCUGAUGAGCAAGCUCGCCUGUUCACUGUUUAUAACACGCUCCGCUGCUUGGUCUCUGAUACAAACAAGAUUCACUUUCUUCUCUCCUUCUUGAACUGCCUCGCAUACAACCAGCGUGUUUGUUAA